AUGGUGGGGCGAUCCGCCACCGAAACCCAGCCGCCCUCACCGCGAGGGAUCCUGCUGGGCCCCUGGGAUCCCUCCUCGGGCCUCUCCGAGAGCGCCCAGCAGGUUUCCUACGGGGGAAACCCUACCCAGCGGGCCGCGCCUGAGAAACGGGACCGGGGAGAGCACGGCCGCCCGCAGCGGGCUCUGCCGCCGGGGAAGGACCCCUUUUGUGACUUGCUGCGGAAGAACCCUUCAGACGAGAUGCUGCACAAAAGUGUGUCAGAUGUUAAGCAUAUUUUGAUUUGUUCCAGUAGCCGGAUCGAGCUGGGAGAUGUGACGCCACACAACAUUAAGCAGCUGAAGAGGCUAAACCAGGUCAUUUUUCCUGUCAGCUACAAUGACAAGUUCUACAAGGAUGUACUGGAGGUUGGCGAACUAGCCAAAUUAGCCUAUUUCAAUGAUAUUGCAGUGGGAGCAGUGUGCUGUAGGGUGGAUCAUUCCCAGAACCAGAAGAGACUGUACAUCAUGACGCUUGGAUGCCUGGCACCCUACCGAAGGCUAGGAAUAGGAACUAAAAUGUUGAAUCAUGUCUUAAACAUCUGUGAAAAAGAUGGCACUUUUGACAACAUCUAUCUGCAUGUCCAGAUCAGCAAUGAGUCCGCAAUUGACUUCUACAGAAAGUUUGGCUUUGAGAUCAUCGAGACGAAGAAAAACUACUACAAGAGGAUAGAGCCCGCAGAUGCUCACGUGCUGCAGAAAAACCUCAAAGCCCCUUGUCUUGGCCAGAACGCAGAUGUGCAGAAGACCGACAACUGAACAAAACCCCAACGAACACUUUCUUGCACUUGCUUGUCGCCAAAUAAGGAAAGAGAGGCCUCUUGAUUUUUUUUUUUUUAAAACUCCACCCCUUCAUCCUCUUAAUUUUUUUUUUCUUGACCUCUCUCCAACAAAAUGUAAUGCUUCUUCCAAGGAUUGUCCAGUCAUGUUUGGGUUUGUUUUUUUUUUUUUUUUUGAGCUCUCCUUUCUGGUUUUUUUUGUUUGUUUUGGGUUUUUGGUUUUUCUUUUUUUUUUUGGGGGUGGGAAAAGGUGUGCAGAUCUCUUUAAGUUUGAGGUGUGGAGGGCUUGAGCAGGUUAUCCUGAUGACAAGUUUCCUUCAGAAUUAUCUCUUUCAGUAAGCAGAAUGUAAAUCCAAUGGGAGGAAAAAGGAAAAGUGGUAUCUUGUCCUUUGACUCCGACAUUAUUGUGUUUUUUAUAACCUACAGGGUACUUUACUCCUCCCCAACCUUUGAAUGUUACUUCAGUACUUCCCACUCUUCCUCUUAAUUCCCCCCGCCUCGAAAAAGUAUGUUUAGUUCUUCCCAGUAUUUUUGAGUAUGGCUUUUUCCUCCAUCUUUUGCUGAGAAGGGCGGGCUACUUUACCAUACCUUUUCACUCUGCC